UAACGGUGGAUCAUACACAAAUCUUAAACAUCUGAAGCAGGUUGGAGUUUUGGGGAGUGUUAAGUCAUGAAGGCAUUUUUGGUAUUUGUCACCGUUGGAGUGCUGGUGGGAGCUGUCCUUGCCGUUAGUGAGCAUGUGAACAUUGAGGAGCCACUCAGUCGUCCAGGUGGUGGUGGUGGUGGAGGAGGAGGUGGUGGAAGCAGUGGAGGAGGUGGUAGUGGUGGUGGCAGCAGCGGCGGUGGAGGUAGCACCAGACCUCCGCCAACACCACCAACCCCAGACAACAGCGAUAGCGACGAAUCGAAGGAAGUUGCAUACGAGAAUCCCUGCAAAGGCUUGCUGAUCGGCAUCCUGGAGCACCCGAGCAGUUGCUUCAAGUACAUCAGCUGCUACAAGGAAGUGGCCACCGAGGAAACGUGCGCACCGGACACAAUCUUCGAUUUGGACGAAAUUACUUGCGUGCCUGGCAAUCAGCGUACCUGCCGUAGGGAGGGCGAUGAGUAUCCGCUGCCAGGAGAUAUGUGCCGCGGCAUCGUGCUUGGAACGAUGGUCCAUCCGGAGGACUGUAACAAGUACGUCAGCUGCCUGUUGGGAAGGGCCCGUGAGCGUUCCUGCCGACCUGGGUUCGUAUUCUCCGAUCGGCUGUUUAUCUGUCUCCCGGGAGAUCUGAACUCUUGCACCGUGACGCUGCUCCCGACGACCACCACCAUUGCGCCGGAAAAUAUUCUCCCACUGCCCAGUGACAUCUGCCGCCGGAACAGUGUCGCGUUCGGUGUGCUGCCCCAUCCGCAGUUCUGCACGCGGUACGUUGCCUGCACGCUGUGGAUCCCGGUCGAGCGUGAGUGUGACCGGUUCAAGGUGUUCAGUGAGCGGUUUUCCAUGUGCGUGCUCGGCGAUGUGAACCGCUGCCGACCGAUUCUCGGACGUGAAGCUGAGCUGGAGGCGGUCUAGAUGGGGAGGAGGAGUUAAGCUGAAGCUGAAGCCAAGCUUAAGUUGUAUUUAAAUAAAUAAAAGCCCCCUUUUUCUAACCAUUAA